AUGUCUGCCUCCUUGAAGCCAUACAUUGAAACGCUUAUUGCUGGCGAACGCCAUCUUACUUCCGAAGAGACCAAAGCUGCCUUCUCGGCCAUCUUGCAAGGGGCGGAUGAAAUUCAGGUCGGAUCGUUGUUGACUUUAUUACGGGCUCGACAAGAAACUCCAGAGGAGAUUGCUGGUAUGGUCCAAGCCAUGAAUGAAGCCUGUAAUGCCGUUGACCUCGGCGACAUGAAACUUUUGGAUAUUGUGGGAACUGGUGGAGACGGUGCAGAUACCAUUAAUAUUUCGACUGCCUCUGUCGUUUUGGCAGCUGCCGCUGGGUGUACUGUUGCCAAGGCUGGAAACCGAUCUGUUAGUUCUGCGUGUGGGUCGGCUGAUGUUUUGGAAGCUCUUGGUGUAAAGGUUGCCUUGACUCCUGAGCAAGUGGUCAAGUGUGUGGAGGAAGUCAAUGUUGCUUUCAUGUUUGCUCCUGUCAACCACCCUGCCAUGAAACAUGUCGCCCCCGUUCGAAAGCGCUUGGGAUUGAGAACAUGCUUCAAUAUUCUAGGACCAAUGACAAAUGCUGCGGGAGCACAACGUGCUGUUAUUGGAGUCUUCCAUCCACAUUUGAUGCCGCUCAUGGCUGGUGCUCUACAACAGGUUGGACGUGUCGAUCAUGCUGUCAUUAUCCAUGGAGUCGGUUUGGAUGAAAUCAGUCCUCUUGGACCAGCAACAUUGUUGGAGAUCAAGAACAUUGCUCCUGCUGGAGAACCCAAAAAAUACGAAACCAAAACAUUUGAAUUUGAUCCUGAAACGGUAGGUAUCCCUCGAUGCCAAUUGAUUGAUCUCAAGGGAGGAGGUCCCGAGGAAAAUGCCGAAAAGUUCAAGGCGGUAUUGGAAGGAGGAAGUCACACUGACGCCAAGCGUGAUGCUAUCGUCUUGAAUGCUGGUGUUGGUUGUUAUAUUUAUGGAGCAAGUCCGAACAUUGAAGAGGGAUGCAAAUUGGCAAGAACAACCUUGGAGUCUGGAAAGGCUGCCGAGCUGUUGAAAAAGUGGGUUGCUGCAAGUCAAAAAAUUGCGGCUGCAUAA